AGUGCUGCUCGCUCGAGGUACACGCUCGGCAGCUUGUUGCAUGUUGAACCGGAAGCAAACAACUACAGCAAAGAAAUUUCAUAGUGUCGCUCCGUACGGAACACAUCUGCUUGGUGAAUAAACAUAAAGGUAUACAUCUACAAACGAGAAAGAGAGAGAGAGGACGCAGCACCACUUUGUUUUAUCCCUUACGCGGCCACAACAACGGCACACACACACACACACACUCACAAACCCACACGCUGGAGGAAAGUGCAGCGCGUGUGGUUCACUUGCCCUCUUCUUUGGCGUGCACGCUGGUGCUUCGUUGACAGGGGCGUAUAACAGUUGUCGCUUGCAGACUUCCGCAGCUGCCUUUUCAGGUGAAGAAUUCUAGCCAUUUUGGACCUUUUCCCUUUCUUUUAUUGUCUGGCGUCGCGUGCAAUUGAUCUAACUUUUAUUCGUUGCAAUUCUUUUUGCUUCUAAAUCUUAUAUAUAUAUUAAUUUAUACAUUAUCUAGUAAGGAAACGAUUAUUGAUGGAUGCCGCGUUGACUAAAGCCCUUUCUCGGUUAGACUUUACGUAUUUUCGGCUGCUCAACUGCGGUAGCAUCCCUUCGCUUUAAAAAAAAACUCCCUUCUGUUUUAAUUAGAGCGUUCGACAGCGACGCAUUUUUGUUUACCGACCUCCUCUUUGGUGUGUGUGUGUUUUCUGUCUUUGAAGAAGUCUCGUAGAUCCUUUUUUCCGUUUUCUGUUUUCCUGUUAUUCAUUUCUCCCUCCGUAGUGGAUGAGUAAUCCGCCAAUCCCGGCGGCCUCUCCGCCCCGCCACGGCGGUGCACCGUCAACCACUCCUGUCGUCAUUGCAGCCGCAGCACCACCACCACCGGCUCCGUUGCCCAACGGAACGGCGCCAGCGCAGACCCCCCCGACCACCGCCGAGGGCCGCCGUCACAGCCGUCAUCACCACCGCCCGCUCGGGGACGGCAGCGCCACGCGUGAGGCGACCGCCUCCACCCCCCACCGGCGUAAGCGCAGGUUGAAGUCGCGCAGCGACCCGAAUGGCGGUACGGCAGAGCGGCCCGUCGACGGCAGUGUGACUUCGCCCCACCAGCACCAUCGUGACACCGCCGCGGCCGAGACGCUCAGGAUGACGGAGUACGAUGCGCAGCACGAAGGGGAGCGGCUCGCCACGGCGGUCGGCGGCACGCCCCCGCAGCUGAGUAGUGGCCAUGGCAACUCUUGCCAGACGAUGAGCCUGCCGGCGGGAGGGGAGGCCUUGCCGGACCCGGCCACGUAUGCCACACUGGCGGGACCGCACCCAUCGCACGUAAACGGCGGUGCGACGCCUGGGCGACUGAGUCGAUCGCCCGAGCCGCCGGUGAGUGUGUCGUCGUCGUCGCGACCGCAGCCGCCGUCCGUAGCACACGCUCUGGCGAACCCAGAGGUGCCGACGAUGCGGACCACCGCCACAUCCACAGCUGUCGCCUCGGCAGCCCCGGCGCCCCCCGUCGCAGCUGCGGAACAAGUGAUCCCGACGUUGGACGAUAGCUCUUCCUCGCAGCCGUCCGGUUCUCGAUCUAAGUUUCGUGGGCGACGCUCCAAGUCAGCAGGGCCUCGCAACGGCACGUCAGCGGCCACGGCUGCUGUGACGCACCACAAUAGAAGUGCUCUGAAUAAUAAUGUAAAUGGCAAACACAGUCACUCUCACACGGCAGCAAACGGCACUGCUGCUGCGGCGGCGGUGGUGCCAGCUGCGACAGCACCUUUAACUCCCGCAGAACCACUGCCUCAACAGCAUCAUCAACAACAGCCGCAACAACCGCCGCCACAACACCAUCGUCCACGCAUGGAGUCGGUGUUCGCCGAGAUGUCUCCACGCGACGAUAUGUUCAGUCCUGCUUCGGCUGGAGAAGCAGACGACGGUUCCGCGGUGCACGUCGGCUCCCCUCACUCGCACCUGCACCUCACGAACAGACUCCCUGUUGGUCAUCACGUGCGCACCACCAGCGCCGGUGACGUGCUGCUCUCCACCUCCAGCGGCCGGGUGACGGCAGCGGCGCACGGCGGGAACACCGGCUCAGCAGCAGCCGUCGCCGUCUCUGUGCCUGGGCCGCGCAUUCAGUGUGGCGCGAUGGGCUCCGUAGAGGGCGGAGUGCCGUUUGUAGAUGAGAUGGAGGUGGUGGCAAAAUACAACACGCGCGCCUCACACCACCCAAGCAUCAGCCGGCGCAGCGGAGGCGGCAACGCGCUCGAAAGUGAUGAGGACAGUCGCCUGCAGGCCGAGGAACACGCGGAUGUCUACAGCAGCGAUGAGAGCUGGUCCGACGACGCGGCGAUGGUGCCACGUGCGGUGGAGCCGAUGGCGUCGUGCUGCGUCGACACGCAGAAGAAUCCGGAUGGGUGGCAGCACGUCGAGCCGCGACGGCACGCCUUUGAACGUCCGCUGCACUCGCUGCAGAUCUCGGCCCUCAUAUUUGAAUUUGUCGUCCUCGGCCUCUUCUGGUCGAGUGUGUUUGCCGGCUACCUUGUCAUCUACACCCAGGACAAGAAGGACUGCCUGGCGGAGAUCAUCGUCUUCGCCGUGGCGAGUGUUAUCUUCAUUGUCGGCCUCUACGUCUCGUUGGGCCUUGUCUCCUUCAAGGAUUGCACGGAUCACGGUAACAUGGGCGAGAUGUGCACCUUCUGCCGACGCCGCACCCACGUUGAGUCGAAGCACUGCAAGGCGUGCAACAAGUGCGUGGAUCACUUCGACCACCAUUGCAAGUGGCUGAACAUGUGCGUGGGCGGCAAGAACUACCGGCUCUUCUUUGCCUUCGUCUCGUCCGCGUGCCUGGGGACGCUGACGGCGCUGGCGGCGGGCAUCUGUAUGCUUGCCCGGCACUGGGCGGAGCUGACGCGCCACAACCUGUACUUCCGCGUGGGCCCUAUCAUCAUGUGUGCCGUCAUUGCGCUGGGGAUUGGCCCGAUGCUGCACCUCCUCUUUUUCCACGUCUACCUGUGCUGUAUAGGGCAGACGACCUAUCAGCACAUCUUGGAAAAGCGGGAGUCGGCGUUCUUCGUUGAGGGCAAGGACAAGAAGUCGGAGCGCCAGCGCUGCGGCUGCAAGUGCUGUUGA